GUCAACUACAACUAUUUCGGUCAGCGAAGGUUUAGAGCAUGAGUAAUAGAAUCGCCUCUUCUAUCAGUGUCAUACAUUUAUUUGUCGAGAAAAAAAAAUUUGGUUGAAAAACAAAAAUUGAUUUUAUCGUUUCUAUCGAUCCAUCUUCGGUUUUCUUUCUUCUUCUCCGACAAAGAGCACCACGACUCCAGUGACGCCGGAGCUUCUUCUUCUCACAUCGUCGUCAAGGAUCUUCCCAAGGCGAGGAUUGAAAGACGCUUCCAGAGAGGUCGUCUCCGUUAAACUCUAGAGAGUGGACAUCUAAAAAACAGUGAGAAGAGGAAGAAAGCCGAUGAAGAAAGCGGAUACGAUGGUCUCGAAGGAAGGAUUUGAUGACGAGAGUAAGCUUCUCAGAACCGUUUUCGUUGGGAACUUGCCGCUAAAGAUUAAGAAGAAGCUGAUCUUGAAGGAAUUUAGUAAAUUCGGUGAAGUUGAAUCCGUCAGUAUACGUUCUUUUCCCAUUGUCGAUUCGAAGAAGACGAGGAAAGGAGCUAUAAUGUUGAAACAAAACAAUGAGAAAGCGUCAAGUGUUCAUGCCUAUGUUGUGUUUGAAACAGAGCAAUCUGCUGAAGCUUCUCUGGCACAUAACAUGUCUCUGAUCGAUGGGAACCAUAUCCGCGUUGAUCGAGGAUGCCCGCCUCGUAAGAAACUGAAAGGUCAAGAUGAUUAUUUGUAUGAUUCUAAGAGGACAGUCUUUAUGGGUAACCUCCCUUUCGAUGUGAAGGACGAGGAGGUGUAUCAAUUGUUUACUGGGAAGAGUAACCUAGAGAACAGUAUAGAAGCUGUUCGUGUUAUUAGUGAUCCUCACUUGAACAUUGGAAAAGGAAUAGCUUACGUCUUGUUCAAAACAAAAAAAAAUUAAGAACUUUAUACAGUCUUUCCAUUGUAGACGUUAAAAUUAAAAAGAAGUUAAUAAAAUUCUUAAUUUAAAUUAAUAAUAAAUUUAAUCAUAUAAUAUGUUUAAGAACCUC